UCUUGUUUUUUUGGCGGUGAACCAUUUAUAAAGGCUAAAGAGUAACAGCUCAUUACUCUACAACGAAAAAAACUACUCCCACUUCGCUAAAUCUUCAUCUAAAGUUCGUGUGAAGCAGCGGCGGCGGCAAAACGCGCCGCCCGAUGGAAAAUGGCGACGACUGGUUGGCCGCCGACAAGCUGUACCACGUUCUUUUCUGCUUCUUCAUUUCCGUGGUUUCCUCUCUACUCGCGGCGCGGACUCGCUACCCGUUCCUCCGCCGCCGCAGCAUUUGGAUCGGAUCACUCGUAUCCUUCGCCGCUGGCGCCGCUAAGGAGUUUGCCGACGAGUUCGGCUAUUUCAAAUCGGCCGGCUCAUCUGCCAAGGAUGCCGGCGCUGAUUUGAUCGGGAUUCUACUCGCCGCAAUGAUUCUUUACUUGUCCAAUUGUAGGGCAUCGACCUCCCGGACCGGGCCUGACAGGCCGGGUCAAGCCCGGGAGCUUGAGAUGGUUUGAAUUGGUUAGGACGACGUAGUCUGUCUGUUGCUGCUCGUGGAUUUGGGCGAUUGUUGAUCAGGUGAGAGUUGUUGUUCGUUGGCAUAGUUGGAUUUUUACUAAACCAUUGCGAAUUAUGGAUUGCUUUCUUUGUUAUUGAGUGCAGAGUUUGAUAAUUUUUGAUAAUAUGAGCUCACAAGCUUCUUUUUUUCAAGGAUUAUUUGCGUACAAUAACAUGACAUUGAGAUCGUUGCACCAAAAUAAAAAACCAAUUUCAGAACUUUUAUAAUCACACUAUGGAUUUGAAAUUGGGCAAAAUUGAUGCAACUGCGGAGAGAGUAAAGUGUUUGUGAAAUGGCCUAAGAGAGAUGUCAACAGAUUCGGUGUUGAAAUUGAGAUGCAAAUUCAUUACUUUUUCUGAAAGAUGGAUGAAUGAAAAUUAUGGGUUUGUAAACGAGAUGCGAAGCAGUGAACUUGUGCAUUAUAAUUCCGAAAUCAAUUAUGGGGUUGAAAUAGCAGGGUUUGUGUAACUGUAAAAACCUGGAAUUAAACAUUCUUUGAAGUAUUUCUAGAAGUAACUUCAGAUUUACUAACACUUGGUGUUCUAAAUAAUCAGUAGUUGUGCAUUGUUUUGUGUCUUGUAACGCUCGUGCUAUAGUGUUCUAAAUAAUCAGUAGUUGUGUAUUGUUUUAUGUCUUGCAACGCUCGUGCUAUCACUAUUCAAUAUGCAGUUAUCCCUUUUCCCUAGUGAAGGUGUGAUUUUUAGAGAACACUCCAUAGAGGAGCAUGGGGAAGAAUUGAUGUGUGUUGUUAAUGUGGUGUGUAAGGUUUGGCGAAAGCUUUGACGAUCGUUUCUUAAGCCAUGGACAAGAUCUUUUGUAAUUGGUGCAACGGAUCAAAUUCUGAAGCUUUGCAGCACAGCACCAUCAAGGUAGUAGUGGGAAAUUCAACCGUAGCCUUGAAGGCUCUGAUCUGGGCAGUUUUGUGCGCGUGGAUGUGAUAUAGUUUUCCGAGCAGCAACGAGAAAGGGACCGUAAGACAAACCCUUGUGCAUGAUUCAUUGAAACUCGUCUAGUUCCCCUCUUCUGAAACGGGGAGAGCAAAAACGUCUAAAACUUUCAUUUCAUAAACUAUAGUUCAUCAAAAGUGUGACAUCAUUUGGCUAAUUGUUUUUGUUAGUAGUUUUGAAAUUCUCUAAAUGUACAUAUAAGAUCUCUCACUUGACUCGUUUAUUAGACGCAGGUGGUCUCUCUUUUAGUCUCUAGGUAUGGCUUUGUUUAUUCACUUUGGCUCCGACUUUGAUCAA